AUGUUAUUAACAUUCUUUCAAUAUCUACUCUAUUUGAUUAUUUUUGGUUUAUUUAUUUCUUUUGUCAAAAAGAAUAAAAGAAUAUCAAGUAAUGAUCCACCACAGAGACACUUUGCUUUACCUCUAUUAGGUCAUCUGCAUUUGUUGGGUGACUUGCCUCACAGAAGUUUGACUAGAAUGUCUCAACGUUUGGGACAAAAGGUGAUUAGUCUUUGGUUUGGUGACAAGUACACGGUGGUUGUGAGUGACCCAGCUGUCAUUCGUGAGAUAUGGGUCAAGAACUUUGACAACUUUACCGAUCGUGGUUUCAUCAACUCGAUUGCCAUCUACUCUGGCAAUUACAAUGACUUGGCAUUCUCUGAUGGCCCAUUGUGGCGCAAGAGUAGAGGUCUCGUAUCAACAGUCUUUACAAAGACAAAGUUGAAAUCAAUGAAUCAACAUUUAUUAGAUCAAGCUAAUCAAUUAAUACAAUCAAUGAAACCAUAUCAAUCUUCAAAUCAAUUUUUCUUAUGUAAGAAAUAUUUUAGUAAAUAUGCAAUCAAUGUAAUAUUGAAAUUAGUAGUUUCAGAGGAAAUUGCUUAUGAUGAGAGUGUGGAUGAUGGAAAGAUGAAAAGAUUAACUGAUCCCAUUCACGCUGUGUUCAAGACAUUAGGUAGCGGAUCACUUUCAGAUUACAUCUCUGUAUUAUCACCACUCUUUUACUUGCAAAAUAGAACAUUCAAACGUAAAGUAGCCAACAUUAAACAAUUCAUGCGUGAAACCUAUGAUGAACAUAUUACCAAUUUAGAUUCUGAAAAUCCAAAAGAUGUAUUAGAUUUAUUAAUAUUAGAAUUUGGAGAAAAGAAUGUUGACCAAAUAUUACAUAUUGCAAUGGACUUUUUAUUGGCUGGAUCAGAUUCAAAUGCUGGAACGGUUGAAUGGUUUUGUUUGUAUAUGAUUAAUAACCCACAUAUUCAACAAAAGGCAUAUGAUGAAUUGUUGGUUAGUGUGGGACAUGGUAAUCAACCAGAGUUGUCACAUCGUGCCAAAACACCUUAUCUCGUUGCUAUUAUUAGAGAGGUGAUGCGGUGUCGUCCAAUCGGACCACUUGGAUUACCUAGAGUGGCGUCAGAGGAUAUUACAGUAUCUGGUUACUUUAUCCCAAAGGGUACACAAAUGAUCCAAAACAUAUACGGUGUGCACCACGAUCGCGACUAUUGGGAAGAUCCACAAGAGUUCAGACCAGAGAGAUUCCUUGUUGACACACAUUCAGAGUAUUGGUUAAAUUUCUCGUGUGGUCCUAGAAACUGUGUCGGCAUGAAUUUGGCUCUGGAUGUCGUCUAUCUCGCAUGUUCUGCCAUUCUAAUGAAUUUCAAAUUGUCAUCUCCCAACACACCAAUCGACGACACUGAAGUAUUUGGUCUGACCAUUCAUCCAAAAGUUUUCCCAAUGUCACUUGAACAAAGAAUUAAUUAA